AUGCUCCGAUCACCAGCACAUAUAAUUGGUCCAACUGCACCAGCCACCACAACAUCAGGCUUAUUUGACUCAUGCCAUCGAAAAAUAAGACUGAUAGGAGGCAAUUUUGCAUUUUUCGGUGGUCUUAUGUCAAAAGCCCGCCGCAAAGAGCGCGAUGACGCGGCACAAGGUGAUACAAAAUUAUAUUUAGAAGAAAGUGUACUUGAACUGUUAAAGUUCACACCAGCCGAUUUAAGAUCGAUGGUCGACUUGCCAACAGGCGUAGAUUAUAAUGAAUGGUUAGCUUCUUACACUAUACAAAUAUUUGAGUAUGUAAAUUUAGUUUAUGGUACAAUAAGCGAGCAUUGUACGACAAAUGGAUGCCCCGAUAUGACGGCACCUCAAUCAAAAACUUAUCUGUGGUACGAUGAGAAAGGCAAAAAGAACAGAUGUCCUGCACCUCAAUAUAUUGAUUACGUAAUGACAUAUACACAACGUACUAUCAGUGAUGAGUCAUACUUUCCCACCAAAUAUGCAAAAGAAUUUCCAUCUGGCUUUGAGUCACACGUGAGGAAAAUGUUGCGCUUAUUAUUUCAUGUUAUUGCGCAUAUGUAUGCAGCACAUUUUCGUGAAAUUGCUCUGCUUGGACUGCAUCCGCAUUUAAAUUCAACGUAUGCCUUGCUUGUAGCCCUGCAAAGACGCUUUAAUUUGAUUGAACCCAAAGAGAUGGAAGUGCUGGCUGAUUUAGAGCAGGCACUUCAUUUGUCAGACGAUGUAACAACAACAUCGUGCAGUGUGGCCAGCAAUAAUAAUUCAUCGUCUAGUUGUAAUUCUAAUUGUAAUUUAAAUAGCAAUACAGUGACGCAGGCAAUUAUCUCAUCAUCAUCCCCAUUGCGUAGCAUCGGUGGGAUAACAACAACAACAAAUUCAACAUCAAUAAAUACACCAUUGGAUGGUGGCCUAAAUAUUCAUAAUAGUCAAAUCGAUGAUGGCACUGUGAUUGUGAAGCAGCCGUUAAUUAGUGAUUCUGCGACUAGUAUGCUAAACAAUAAUAAUGAUUUGGCGAUGAAAGAUCGGGUCCUUGUGUCAACUUCAGUAGAUACACAACCAAUUUAA